AUGUCAGAAGAGAAAAUAACCAUUGAUAGACUUAAUUUCCAAAGUCGAGGAACUUCGGUUUCGGACAGAAUUAGAGUGACUGUGUGUCCGACUACAGGCGGACAAAUCGAAUUACGAUCAUCCGGAUUGGAAACGAUUCAAGGAUUGAAAUGGAUGAUAGCGCGGAAGCUGAAAAUUGCUCCAGAAAAAAUAACUUUAUUGCACAAAGAUCGAACUCUGAAAAAUGGUACCUUACAUGAAAACCAUAUCACAGAUUGUAGCCAAAUCACAUUAUUACCAAAUAUGGAAAGUGGAAUGACGUUUCAAAGAACAGAUUCAAGUGUUAUCCAGGCUUUAGAAAACUUAUCAGAAUCACAGAUCAAUGAUUUUUUGACUGGUAGAGCACCACUAUUACUGGCCAUGAGAGUUGGUGAUCACAUGAUGUUUGUUCAGUUACAAUUAUCGACGUCACAAUGUGCAGGUCGAAGGUCGAAAACUAUCAAAUCGAUGACAACGCCAACAACAUCUGGUCAUAAUUUAUUUCCAUCAACAUCAUCCCUUUCCUCAGCUUCGCUGGCCGAAGCUAGUCGGAACCUGUCACAAAAAUUACACCAAUUAUCCAGAGUACCGAAAGAUAAUGAUAAAAAUAAGAAUUGUGAACUGAAAGAACAAUCAAAAUCACAACAAUCAAGUCCUGUACACACCUCUCCUAUUCCCCUUUCUACUCCCUUAACACCUCCUAGCAGUCGCCCCUCUUCCCCACAAACCCAGCUACCACGAGCACCUGUUCACCCUACACCUCCAGCUACACCUCCUGUUACACCCCCGGUUACCCAACCUGUUCAACCUACGCCAACCAAUCUUGCUGCUUCUGGAGCUGUUAUAAAUAGUAUGAAUCAUCUAGGAAAAGGAGUGUUUUCUGGAACGUUUUCAGGAACUCUUGAUCCAACUUUGCAAGAUCAGAAUGGUAAACCAAAGAAAGAUGUCAAUACUAUUGUACAUAUAUUAAAUGAUUUAUUAGGUGUCAAUGCAUAUCAAUUGGUUCAUCCAUAUGUUCAGAUCCGAGCUCCAGGUGCACGUAAACCUGAAUAUAAGUCAACUACUCCAAACAAUGAAAGCCCAGUUGUAAAUGCCAAUGAUGAUGAAUCUCUUAAAGAGAAGGUUCAACAUUUACAACAGAUGAUGCACGAGCGCAAAUUAAAGAGGAAAGCUAGACGGGAAAUGAAAGGACCAUAUCAGUGGAAUACAGAACAGAUAGUAUCAACUCCACUCAGUACCUUUAAAACAGUAAACAUUGAGACUGCUGGCUCUACCUCUACCACAUGUAGUUCAACAGAUUCUAAAGCAAUGGAGAUCACAGAGGGUGUUGAGAACUCAGCAUAUCUCAACUCCAAUAUAGAACAUGAAUCUCUAGCAGUCUGAACACUGUAUAAAGAGUCGUUUGGUAUUGGUACAAACCUUUUCUCUAAAAGGUUAAUUGGUCAAAAGGUCAUUUUUUGACAUGGUCAAUCUUGAUGCAAUUUUUACCUUUCUCCUGAAGGAUGUGAGGAGGCAGAAAGGUCGUGUUUUGGUGAGAAUUAAAAUUGUGGCUUUAAGUUUUAUGUUAAAGUGACAAGAAUUGUCAGAUAAGUUCCAUGGCUAGAUGUUGUACUGUGUAUCCAGUUACACUACACAUGGCCAAGAAGGAUAAAGAUCGAAUGAAAAGCACAAUUUCAUAUAUUUUUUUCAUUAUUUUUUUCAUUUUAUUUUGUCUUCACUUGUAGUGAUUGAUAUAUUAUCAUGAUUAUUCUAACAUUCUAAUAAAAGCACCUUUUAUUAUAUUAACUUUCACCAUUUCCAACGCGACAUUAAAACUUAGAUAUUGUUAUAUUGUCAGUGCACAAGUUAUUCAAAAUUAAUGAUGUAAUUAGAUUUUUUAUAUUCUGUAUUAUAAUGUAAAUUGAUGUAGUUUUUUCUAUAUUGACACUAUUUAUACUGUUAAUACAAUUAAUAUGCUUACAACUUUUUGAUAUUUUCACACAUUUUUUGAAAUUAUCUCCCUUUCCUGUAUUUUCACUAAUUAUUACUAAUGUGUUGUGUUAUUUUCAGUAGACUAUUGUAACAAAAUGAGCAUAAUUUUUUUGUAAUUUUUCUAUUAGUUGUUGUAUUGAUGUAUAAAAAUCUUAUUAAGGAGUAAGGUUUGACAGGUGUUCAUAUGGGUGUUAAUGAUAAUUUUUUAAAUUGUACGUUCUGAUGCUCUGGCCACAAAAAAUAUCUGAAUUCACUCCAAUUGUACAAGCCCAUUUGGCAACACUGGAUUCAUUAAAGUAUUUAUUUGAAUUCAGUUGAUCAAAGAGAUUUUGAUAGAUUUGGGGUUACGAAUUCUCAGCCAAAAGGUGUACAAAUACAAAUCCAGCUUGAGUGAUACAGCCUUAUGCAAGCAGUCAAAUGCAAUUAAUCUGAAUGUCAUAUAAUGUCCAUGUGAACCCUCUAGAUGUAAAUAUAAUUUUGUAAAAUGAUUUUAAAAAGAGCAAUAAUGAAAGAGUAAAACUUGUAAUUAAAUAUAUUACUAAAUGACUAAAAAAAAAAAAAACUGUCAAAUCUUAAAAUAAAAUGGUUAUUUAAUUUCAUUGUCUCAAUAUUGUUUAUUGAAUCUCUUUUGAGAGAAAUUUUCAGUUAGUUUGUAUAUUCCAAGAAAAAAAACCUUCAUGACAUAAGUCUUUGAUGUGUAUAUCAAAUAUUGUUAGUAUUAGGUGUUACAGGAGAUACACUUCUCCUAUUACAUAAAACGUGUGAUUUCCUUGCUGUACCAGAAAGUAUCUAUUCAUUUAGCAGAGAUCCAUGAAAUAUUCUUGAUUUAUAUUUAGUUAAAGAUUAUUAUUAUUUUAUGUUAUUCAAUCAAAAAUAAAAACUGAUUGAAGUAAAAUCUGUCUUUACAGUGUGUUAUAGAUUAUGCUAUAUGGGAUUUGGUUGUAUGUUAUUGAAUAAUAAGAUAUGAAAUC